AGAUCCAUCUAUCCCACCAGGAACAUUGCAGGGGCCUUCCGAAAUGGAGCCGCUUCUCUCUGCAAUCGUGGGUGAUCUUGUCAGCAGAGCCCUGUCCAUGGUAACCCAGAGAUACCUGCAGUCCAAGGGAGCAGAGGAGGAGAAGCUCCAGAGGCUACGGGCAGUGCUGCUAAGGAUCGAUGCCACCGUCGAGGAGGCCGAGGGGAGGCACAUCACCAACCAGGCAAUGCUCCAGCAGCUCCAGAUGUUGAGACGAGGUAUGUACAGAGGCUACUACACGCUCGACACCUUCAGAUACCGAGCGCACAGGGACGAGGCCGAUGGCAAGGCAAGCACUCGCCGUUCGCUUGCCCUGUCCAGAUUCAGCCCUUCCAGUUCCAGACGUACCUCCUCCUCCGUGUGCGACGCCCAGAGGAUGGACCUGGUGCUUGAUGCCGGGAGCUGCAACAAUCUCGACAAGAUGCUCAGCAGCCUUGAGAGAAUGAUUGGUGACAUGCAGGAGUUCGUGAUGUUCUUGGGCAGCUAUCCUCGAAUCUCCCAGCAACCUUACGACGCGUAUUUGUUUCAUGAUCAGGUUAUGUUUGGCCGGCAGAUGGAAAAGGAGACAAUUUUGAGCUUUCUGCUUUGUAGAGAGGCUGCAAGGAAUGGAAGUCUGGGUGUGCUGCCGAUAAUUGGUCCAGCGAGAGUCGGAAAGAGUACACUUGUUGAGCAUGUCUGCCUUGACGAGAGGGUGCGGAGGCGCUUCUCGUCGAUCGUCUUCUUCAGCGGAAAUGAUCUCAAUGGUGGAAACUUGGCCACUCUAAAAGGUAGCGGUGUGAUCAAGCAUCAGAACCUUGCUUCCACCCCGCAUGGAGACUCACUGGCUGUAAUUGAGCUAGCAGGGGACAUGGACGAGGAAACAUGGAGGGGGUUGUACACCUCGGCAGCAAGCCACCUGACGCCAGGCAGUAAAAUCAUACUCACCAGCCGUUCAGAGAAGAUAGCAUCAUUAGGAACGGCACAGUCUCUUGUGCUGAAAUUUUUGUCCCAAGAAGCUUACUGGUAUUUCUUCAAGACGGCUGCAUUCGGAAGCACAGACCCUGGUGAGCAUCCUAACCUGGCAGCCCUCGGCAUGGAGAUCGUCGUCCACAUGAACAGAUCAUUCGUGGCAGCGAACACCGUUGCCAGCUUACUGAGAACCAAUCUUGACACACGGUUUUGGCGCAGAGUGCUGAGAUGCUUGAGAGAUUUUGCAAGCAAGCACCUCAGCAUGUUUGGCGAGCACCCGACCAAUCUCCUGCAGAAGGACCAGCCUGUGUACAUGUGGACAAUGGCCAAGACAAGCAAUGUCGUCGUAAUGCGUGAUAUUUAUCAUGAGCCCUCUCCCAAGAUCAGUGAGGUUCCCAGGAUAACGGCACAGGAUGUUUUGUCUGGGCGAGUUAUGUCUGAAGGGACAUUCCAAGCAGUGGCAUGGAGGUCCAGGAUACCUCCCUGCUACACCUACUUAGUGAGCUUCAUUGUGUCACGGACAGACAAGCACGCGGUGCUCGGUAAGAAGCGGUCUCGGCAGGAGAGAAUUUGAUGUAAAAUGCAAUAAUGUAUAGCUAAUAUGAUUGCAAAGUGCACGCCUUACCUUUUCU